AUGGCGGAAAGGUUGAAACGCCGUUCGGGCAAACCCCAGGGCCCAGGUAUAAACGGGGGCCCCUUGAAAAAAGGGGGAGACUCGUUUAGCGUGGCGGGGGACACUGUCCCCGGGUGGGGCGGAUUUUUGGGGGGCGCUGGUAAGGGGGGUUUAAACCGCGGGUUCGGAAGAGAUGAUUGUGGGCCUGGCACCCCGAUUUUUGGGACGCUUUGCCGGGCCCGCAGCGGGAAAAUUUUAAAGUCAAAACCCGGACACCUAGGGCCCGGGGGUGGCGUGGCAGGGCCUUGGAGUUUGAGGUUCCCAAAGGCAGCCCGUGGGCCCAGGGGGGCUGUCAGCCCCGCCCUGACCCCUGGGGCCCCGGGAAAGGGCUGCAAGGACUGUGGCAGGUUGGCCCAAACCCAGUCAGUCCUAAGGCUAAAGGGAAUGGGGGCAGGAGGAAAAAUCGGACAGGCUGGAGAAGGGGGGCCCAAAAAACCCAGCCCUCCCGGGGCCCGGGCCCCGACCUUUGGGUAA